AAGAAAUAGAAACUGUUAACAAAGAAAGACAGAAAAAAGAAAUUAAUAUGGAAUCUCAAACUAGCUUCUUUAGUAGAGACUUUUCCCCGGAGAACUCUUCUUCAAGCUCAUGGAGUUCACAAGAAUCCUUCUUUUGGGAAGACAGUUUCUUACACCAAUCAUUUGAUCAACCUUUCCUUCUAUCUAGCCCUACUAAUUACUACUCUGAUGACUUCUUCUCAUUUGGACCAUCAUCAAUCAUCAAAGAAGAAGAAGAAGAUGAUGCCACCGUAGCAGCCGAGGAGGAGGAGGAGGAGGAGAAGUCAUACAGAGGAGUGAGGAAACGGCCGUGGGGGAAGUACGCUGCCGAGAUUAGAGACUCAACGAGGAAAGGGAUAAGAGUAUGGCUCGGGACGUUCGACACCGCUGAGGAGGCGGCUCUCGCUUAUGAUCAGGCAGCUUUCGCUUUGAAAGGCAGUCUCGCGGUACUCAAUUACCCAUCUGAUGUUGUUGCGGAGUCUCUCCGCAAGAUGGAGAAUGUGAAUCUUAACGAUGGAGAGUCUCCGGUGGUAGCCUUGAAGAGGAAACACUCCAUGAGAAACCGCCCUAGAGGAAAGAAGAAAUCAUCUCCUUCUUCUUUCACAUCAUCUCCUUCUAAUUCUUCCUCUUCUUCCUCUCCUUCUUCAUCUUCGUCUUUGUCGUCAACAAGUAGAAAACAGAGUGUUGUCACGACGCAAGAAAGUGAUACAACAACACUUGUAGUUCUUGAGGAUUUAGGUGCUGAAUACUUAGAAGAGCUUAUGAGAUCAUGUUCAUGAUCAAUUCUUAUGUAAUCUCAGUGAGCUCUGUUUUUUUUUGUUCCUUCUAAUAAUUAAAUAUAUAGUUUUCUCUUUAUUUUUUUUAUCCGAUGAAAGAGAUGUGAUGGCGAUGUUGGAAGUGUAUCAGACGUCAACUAUUGCGUUGUUGUGGGAAUUCAUGUAAUAAGUGAA